AUGAGUCGAGAGGUGAUGAGAGACCCCGGUGGCGCUGCGGCCGCGGGCGGGACAGAGCCGUGUCCUGCGGGCCCGGGGACUGCGGGACAGCGCCGGCAUCCAGGGGGCCUGGGACUGCAGCGGGGGGACCGGUGCCGCCUGGUGCCGCCUGGCGGCGACUGCGUGGCCUGCUCCGAGCCGGCUCGGUUCUUUGGAGCCGGCAGCGCAAGCUCAGCCGAGCGCGGCCCGCGCGGCCCCCAUCGGCGCCCUCAGCCCCAGUCCAGCAGCGGGACGGGCCGGUUCGGGUGCCGCCACCUCGGCUUCUGCUCGCCUUCGAGUGCGGGGCCGGAGCCCGGCGCUGCCAUCCGCGCCUCCCUGGUGGCCGCACCGUCCGCAAGGGCCAGAGGCCACCAGCGGCGGUUCCGGAGCCCGGGCAAGCGGAUCCGCCGGAUCCCUGCCCCGCACGCCCUCGCUGGUCCCCGCCCCCAGGUCCAGGACGCAGGCGAGAGAGGGGCGGGGCCGGAGCUGGGGACCCGCAAGGGGAGAAAGGGGCGGGGACCGUGGCUGCUGGGGGGCCCUUCCGCGCCCCUGGGACUGCCCCCCGCUUCUGCUGUGGAGCUGGUGCCCCUUUUCCCACACGUUAUUGGCCCUUCUGCUCUUCCGCCUCCUAUUGGGAAAAGUUGGAUAGAUAAAAGGAUACCUAAUUGUAAGAUCUUCCUAAAUAAUUCCUUUGCUCUGGACUCAACGUGGAUACAUCCUGAGGAGUCAAGAUUGUUCCAUGGGCAUGAAAAGCCUCACCUGCUGGCCAAUCAGGUAGCUGUGUCUCUGUCGAGGCCAGCCGCUGUCUCCAGACCGCUUCCCACGGUGGUGUUAACAUCUCAGCCUAUUCCAGGUGGUUGCCACAACAGCCUUAAGCCGAUCAGCAGUGGUCCCACAAUCGCCAUUGCCGCCGCCGCCGCCGCUGCCGCCAUGGUCUCCGUGGACCCCGAGGGUCUCCGGGCCCCGUCACCCUCCAGCGUGCAGCCGUGCCACUUCCUGACCCUGGCACCCAUCAAAAUACCCCUGCGGACGGCCCCCUUCGCAGAUAAAAGUAAGGAGCUCUGCCGCCGCGCGCCCUGCCCCCCCGCCCUGGUGCUGCACACGGAGAGGAAGAGCCGGCCUGGAGACAAGGAGGACAAGGAGCCCCCGUCAAUGCUCGGGAGAGGAGAGGACGGCGCGGCCAGAGGCAGCAGGCCCGUGGCCUCCACCCCCGUGCCCGGAUCGCCCUGGUGUGUGGUCUGGACGGGAGACGACCGGGUUUUCUUCUUCAACCCAACCAUGCAGCUGUCUGUCUGGGAGAAGCCCACGGACCUGAGGAACCGUGGGGACCUCAACAGGAUCAUCGAGGACCCUCCCCACAAGCGCAAGCUGGAGGCCGCAGCAGCCCACGACAGCGACGGAUCCAGUUCGGAAGACGGCAGGGAAGACCAGGACGUGAAAACCAAGCGGAACCGGACCGAAGGUUGCGAGAGCCCAGAGCUGGAGGAGGCAGAGAAGGAGGACAAAGGCACGAGGACGCCAGCCCCGCAGGUCCUCCUGCCCCUGGAGGAGCGCGCGACCCACUUCCGAGACAUGCUCCUGGAGCGAGGGGUGUCAGCGUUUUCCACCUGGGAGAAAGAAUUACACAAAAUUGUGUUUGACCCUCGCUACCUUCUGCUGAACUCCGAGGAGCGAAAACAGAUAUUUGAACAGUUUGUCAAGACCAGAAUAAAAGAAGAAUAUAAGGAAAAGAAAAGUAAAUUGCUGCUAGCCAAAGAAGAAUUCAAAAAGCUUCUAGAGGAAUCUAAAGUGUCACCCAGGACGGAGGAGACAAGAAAGGAAGGAGGGAGGAAGGAGAGAGGGAGGAAGGAAGGGAGGAAAAGGAAAACCAGAAAGAAGCGCUUUUCNCAAUUCAUACUUAUUCUGAAGAAACGGGACAAGGAAAACAGACUGAGGCUACGGAAAAUGAGAUGA